AUGGAAACCAAAGCGACGAGCGUAAAGGACCUGACGGACGCCGAGGUCUACGAGCUCGUGUACCAGCUGAAGCAGUGUAAUGAGAGUGAUCCAGCGGAGACGCGUCGACUGCUGCAGGACCACCCGGAGCUGGCGCGCGCUGUCGCCCAGGCACAGCUUCGACUCGGAAUGAUCAAGGAGCGCGCAGCGUCAGCAUCUGCCCCAAUCAAUGCCAUCGGCGUGUCGAACGAUCUAAUGGAGAAGCUGGACCCCGAGCAGCAAGAGUUACUGGAACAGGUACAGAACUUGGCUCCUGAGAUCAUUCAGUCGCUGCCCCCAGAGGAGCGACGGCAGAUCAUGGAACUGCGCGAGGCCAUGGGACUACCACCUCUAUAG